AAAACAAAGAAGAAAAGUGUUUUGUUGUGACGUAGUCGGGUCGCAAAAGUUUUUUGAUUCGAAAUUAUCGAAAAAAUCAAAAUUUACGCUUGUAAUCGGCAUGCAAAAUUUGCACCAUCAAGGCAAAAAUGUUCUCCUGGUGGUGUGUCUGCUGUGCUUCGCUCUCAUCACAUCGGUAGCCGGCCUGCGGAAGUACACCAAAGAGGACAUGAUUCGCUUGCGGGAGGAAGUCCGAGCGAUGUUCCAGCACGCCUACGAUGGGUACCUGCGGUACGCGAGCAAAUACGACGAGCUGCGACCGCUGUCAUGCGACGGCGUGGACACCUGGGGCAGCUAUUCGCUAACGUUGAUCGACGCGUUGGAUACGCUGGCCGUAAUGGGAAACUACUCGGAGUUCCGGCGAGUCGUUGGGCUGUUGGAACGGAAGUCAUUCGAUUCGGACAUUAAUGUGUCGGUGUUUGAGACGAACAUUCGGAUCGUCGGCGGGUUGAUCAGUGCCCACAUGAUGAGUCAUAAGGCUGGGGUGGAGUUGGAACCCGGAUGGCCAUGCAAUGGGCCGUUGUUAAGGUUGGCGGAGGACGUGGCGAAAAGGUUGUUGCCGGCGUUCGAUACGCGGACGGGGAUGCCCUACGGGACGGUAAAUUUGAAGUAUGGGGUGCCGUACGGGGAGACUAGUGUGACCUGCACUGCAGGGAUUGGGACGUUCAUCGUGGAGUUCGGGGCGUUGAGUCGACUGACGGGCGAUCCUAUCUACGAGGAAGUUGCGCUGAAUGCAUUGUACGGGCUGUACAAUCAUCGAUCUUCGAUUGGGCUGUUCGGGAAUCACAUUGAUGUCCAAACGGGGAGAUGGACUGCGCAGGAUGCAGGGAUUGGAGCUGGAGUUGAUUCGUACUACGAAUAUCUGGUGAAGGGCGCAAUCAUGCUGAAUAAGCCGGAUCUGAUGCACAUGUUUAACGAAGGUCGCAAAGCGAUCGAUAAGUAUCUGAAGCGGGACGAUUGGCACGUUUGGGUCAGUAUGAAUAAGGGUCAGGUGACACUUCCGGUAUUCCAAUCCUUGGAAGCAUACUGGCCUGGAGUGCUGAGCUUAUUCGGAGACACGAGCGUAGCCAUGAAGACAUUGCACAAUUACCACACAGUUUGGAAGCAAUACGGAUUCCUGCCGGAGUUCUACAACAUCCCGAACGCGGAAGCCGGGGCCAAUCGGGAGAAUUAUCCUCUUCGUCCGGAGCUGAUCGAAUCGGUCAUGUAUUUGUAUAGGGCAACUGGCGAUCCCUACCUGCUGGAAGUUGGCGAGGACAUCCUUCGAAGUAUAGAAUACAGCGCCAAGACCCCGUGUGGUUAUGCCACAAUCAAGAACGUGCGCGACCACCACAAAGAGGAUCGAAUGGAAUCGUUCUUCCUGGCGGAAACGACCAAGUAUCUCUACCUGCUGUUCGAUCCGGACAACUUCAUUCACAACGACGGGCGCGUCGGAACCGUCAUCAAUACGACCUACGGGGAGUGCAUCAUCGAUGCCGGUGGCUACAUAUUCAACACCGAAGCCCAUCCGAUAGAUCCGGCCAUGCUUCGCUGUUGUCACGAACUUCCACAGCAAAAUCUCUUCGCUGACUACAACCACGAGAAGUACGCUGGAGACCGAUUAGACCUCAGUAGGACCCGGGAAGUCAACGGAGUCGAUUUGAAAGCCCCGGAAGAACCUAAGCUGGAGAACAUAUCCGUGGUGGAUGCCCAACUGGAGGACGCCAUCCCCGCAGCCGUUCUGGAAGAACUCGGCGCCAAACUGGCCGAAGCCCGCCAAGCCCUGACCAAGAAACGCCUCGAAGAAGCCUUCAAUCGCGCAAAGGAAUCUCUUCUUAAUCAGCAGAAUGAAUCCGCCACCCCGAAGAAGGACAUCAACAAGACAUCACCUAACGACGACAGCUUGAUAGUUCCGGUGGAACCGGUCGCUCCCACGCCGACCACCUCCGCAGACGAUCCCGAGCGGAUGACAACGGUAAAACUAACCCCCUCCGCCCGCGAUCCCGACGACAAAAGCUCAACCGCUCAAGUCAAACUCAACGAUAGUCAGCAGGACUCUUCGGAAUCAGCUCCCACUGUCCCAGCAACGCCCACACCUCCCCUGGAGGAGGAUGACGACGAAGACGAGGAUCUCAACUCGGUGAACAAAUUCUUCUCGGAGAACAGUUCCAUCGGAAGCGGCGGAGACGACGACCACGGCAUGGGAGAGGUUAUCCCACCCACCACCGCCGACGAAGAACCACCGCAACGGCCAACUGCGGCGACCACGGGUGGUCUCGGGAACAACACCAUCACCGAGUUCGUGCAGAACAUGUUCAAAACCAAGGUGUACCAGAAGGCCAAGUUCGAUGCGCAAGCACUGCUCGCCAAGGUGAAGGAAGCGGGCCAUCAGCGGAACAGCUCGUGGGCCAGCAACUAUGGGCUGCUCACGUGCAAAGCGCAACCGUUCCUGCAGAGGAUAACGCUACUGGGGGAAUUUUUCUAGAGGGCAUGGGUGGUACGUUAGGACAAUACUCAAAUUUGAUUGUGCUGAAA